CCGCGGACUCCAUUUUCUUCUCUGUCAGAAGAAAACGACUCAGCAUGCCUGAACCCGCCAAGUCCGCGCCGGCCCCGAAGAAGGGCUCCAAGAAGGCGGUGACCAAGGCGCAGAAGAAGGACGGCAAGAAACGCAAGCGCAGCCGCAAGGAGAGCUACUCGGUGUACGUGUACAAGGUGCUGAAGCAGGUGCACCCCGACACGGGCAUCUCGUCCAAGGCCAUGGGCAUCAUGAACUCGUUCGUCAACGACAUCUUCGAGCGCAUCGCGGGCGAGGCGUCCCGCCUGGCGCACUACAACAAGCGCUCGACCAUCACGUCCAGGGAGAUCCAGACGGCCGUGCGCCUGCUGCUGCCCGGGGAGCUGGCCAAGCACGCCGUGUCCGAGGGCACCAAGGCCGUCACCAAGUACACCAGCUCCAAGUGAGCUUGACAAGGAAGCGUCCUGUCAUCCAACCCCAAAGGCUCUUUUCAGAGCCACAUGUUUUCACA